AUUGCCUUAUUCGGAAUACUAUUAUCCAAUAUAUGAAAUCAAAGAUUGUCUCCUGACCAAUGUCAGUUUAACAAGUUCUGGCAUCGAAUCAUGGAGUCAACAUCCCAGGACAGAAGGGCAACUCACGUCAUCACUAUAAAACCAAACGAAACUGUAUUGACUGCAUUUCCCUACAGACCUCAUAGCUCUCUGCUGGAUUUUCUGAAGGGAGAGCCAAGAGUCUUGGGGGCUACCCAGAUCCUGCUUGCUCUAAUCAUUGUGGGCCUUGGAAGUAUAUUUGCACUUAAUUACAUCCGUUUCUCCCAAAGAUUUCCCCUUGUUGUCCUCACAGGAUAUCCAUUUUGGGGAGCACUUAUUUUUAUUCUUACAGGAUACCUCACAGUAACCGAUAAGAAAUCAAAAAUUCUGGGUCAAGGUGUCAUGCGCAUGAAUGUUAUCAGUUCCUUGGUUGCGAUAACUGGGAUUACUUUCACCAUUCUCAGCUACAGACAUCAAGACAAGUACUGCCAGACGUCUUCCCUUGAAGAAAUAUGUGUUUUCGGUAGAACUCUUUUCAUUGGAAUUUUGUCAAUCUUACUGAUCAUCAGCAUAGCAGAGCUCAGCAUCUCUGUGACUAUUGCAUCCUUUAGAAGCAAGUGCUGGACACAGUCAGAUGAGGUUCUGUUUUUCUUGCCUUCGGAUGUUACUCAAAAUAGUGAACAACCUGCCCCAGAAGAAAAUGCUCAAUUACAAUUUGUGCUUCAAGAAGAGUUUUCCAGUGAUGAUUCAACUACAAAUGCACACUCUGUUUUCUUUGGAGGCUAUGCUUUCUUCAAGUUAAGACUCUCUAGAAGUCCUUUAGUCUCCCAACCAGGUAAUAAAGGUAGAGAAUUUGUGCCAGAUGAACAAAAGCAAAGUAUCCUUCCAUCUCCCAAAUUUUCAGAGGAAGAAAUUGAACCUUUGCCUCCCACACCAGAGAAAAAGCCCUCAGAAAAUAUGCCCAUUCAGCUAGACUCUACAUUUAAACAAAUGAAAGAUGAAGAUCUACAAUCUGCUAUUGCACAACCUUCCCAAAUGCAAACCGAGCUUCUGCAGGACCAAGCUGUGUCACUCCAAGUUUUUCCAUCCCAUUCUGCACUAAAACUCGAAGAUGUAUCACCUGAAGACUUGCCAUCCCAAGCUCUACCAGUAGAAGGCCUGUCAGAACAAUCCAUGCCAUCUAAGUCUACAUCAUCCCAUGUCAAACAGUCUUAUAAUCUGACAGCUAAUGACCUGCCCCCUCAAGGCAUACUAUCCCAAGACACACCAUCUCAAGAUAUGCUGUUUCAUGACAUGACAUCCCAAGACAUGCAAUCCCUAGACAUGCUAUCUCAAGAAACACCAUCCCACACCAUGCAACCCCAAGACAUACCUUCCCAAGAUGUUCUAUCCCAAGCUCUAUCAGCCCAUGCCAUAUUACCUGAAGCCUCAACAUCCCAUAUUGUGCAGUUCCCUAAAAUACAACACCAACUUCAGCAGCCCCCAGAUCUUCAACCAGAAAACACUGAACCUCAAAACCAGCAAAUUUUACAAAUGUCAUAUCAAGAUAUUAGAUCAGAAGUUAUGGAAGAGACCAAAGAAUGGAAAUCUGAGGAGGAACUCCAUAGAAGAAAAUCCUCAAGACAGCAUUCCUUAAACCAGCAAACCAAAGCCUUACAAUACUUAAGGAGACAUUCCUUAGCCAUGCAAACCAAAGGCCAGAAAUCCUCAAAGAGGCAUUCCUUAGAUCAGCAAAGCAAAGGCUGGCAAUCUUCAAAGCGGAAAUCCUUAGACCAGCAAAUCAAAGACUGGCUAUCCCCAAAGAGGCACUCCAUAGAUAAGCAAGCUCAACUUAAACAAACUAAAGAACAACUCCCAGAUCAGCAAGCUGAAGAUCAGCAAGUCAAAGGGGAACGAUACCCAGAAGGACAAUCUAAAGAUGGACAAGUUAAAGACCAGCAGACUGAUAAGAAGCAACACUCAAAGAAGGAAACCCAGGAUCACCAAACUGAAGACCAGCCAGCCCAAGAGAAGAAAUCCCUGAAAGGACAAUCCGAAAACGUUCAAGCCGAAGGACAGCAAGCUCAGGUGGAGAAAGUGCCAAAAUUGUUAUGCCAAGAUUCAGAAUCCCACAUACAGCAAUAUCAAUUCUGGCAACUCCACAAAAGCAAUCUCCAGGCUGGACAACCCAGGACUAUCAAUCUUUUGGCCAAGAAUCCCCUGACUGGAUAACUCAAGGCUGGAGAAACAAAGAUUAUAAAGCACGAGAAUGGCAAUUUGAAAUGAAGCACUGGCAAACACGGGAUCUAUUAGAGAAAGAAGCCCUAAAGCAGAAAGCUCUAUACCAAGAAGUCCAAACCCAGCACACAACAGCCCGACAUAACCUAAAAUGUCAAGACGGUCAAGAUAAAGACCAACAAGACCUUCAGUCCAGAGUUACACAAAAAGGAGAUACGUAUACUAGAGACAUCAAACCAGGGGACAUGAAAUGUAUAGAGCAAACCUCAGGGGACCUGCAAUCAGAAAAUGUGAAGGCAGAUUUUCAUUCUUCUUCUGGCCAAAGCUCAGUACAAGACACAUGUUUUGCCUAUUUGUCCAAUCUAGAUUCAGAACAAGAUGUGCAACCAAACACUUCAGCUUCCUCAAAUUCAUAUAAAGAAGAUGUGAAUUUAACUUGUACUUCAUGUGAUCCAAGAGAUCAACAGCAAUCUGAAGGCUCUGACUAACAUGCAGAAUCUACCCAAUACCACACUGUCCCCAUUGAUGGAAUUAAAUUGGAAAAAAACAAUACUGUCUCCUCCAAUCUGUGUUCUCAACUGUGGUUGCUACCUAAUUAACUUACAAAAAAACGAAGGGCAUGCUGAGCACUCAAACAAUUUGUUCUUACUUAAAAUAAAAUGACAACAAACCA